AUGAUACUUGAGAAACACACAUCUUGAUUACAAAACAGGGCUUUAUGCAACUAAGCAAACAAAUAGAAGCGAUCUCUUUGGAGAAAAAAUUCAACUGUUCAAGUGUUCUUAAAACAUCUGGAAGAAGUUGCACACGGCAUUGAAGGUUCAUCCCUCUUAAAUUUUCUUUCAGAUUUUGCUGCCCACCUGUCAUUAAAGAAGAUAAUUAUGAUUUCAAACAGUCAGCCACGAAUCAUCCCCUUGAAUCUGUUGCUUUUCGUCUUCAGUAUAUCAGCGGCAUAUCCCUCGGGAAUAGAGAUAAAAAAUGUGACUUUCUGUGGUAGUCAUGAUAAGACGGCAAAAGUCAAAUUUUCUCCAUGGCCUUUCAUUCCUUCUGGAACAAUCUUCAAUGUCAGUUUAACAUUUACACCGGCGGUAGAUGUCGUUUACGCGACCUCGGAAUACGAAGCAGUGUCUGUUUUCGACGGCAAGGUGGUUUUUAGAGGCAGGAAAGACGAUUUAUGUGAUAAUGCCUCAGACCUAUGCAGUAUACCUGCUGGUGAAACUUACGUAUGGACGUCUUCCUUAACAUUGUUGACUGCACCACCAUUUCUCAAGAUGCAGACCUUCAGAGUAACAGCUCGACUUUUCAAUGGAGAGUAUGUCAUGUUUUUCUGUAUGGAAUCGGUUUUUAAAAUUUACUAAAAGUCAAGCAAGAUUGAAGACUCAUGAGAAAGAUCAGAACAACGAAGGAAAAGAGUUGGCAGAGGCAGCGUCCCUCAAUUUUAUGUCAAGAUUACGUAAUCUCUCUGAUAAUAAUCACUUUGUAAAAUUGUAAAAGUGAUCAAAAUAUGGUUUAAGUGUGUGUGUAAUUAGUAAAACCAUACGAUUUAAGCUACAGCAGGCUCAUUUCACAUUAGAAUAGAUCAGGUUUACAAAUUGAGUCACAAAGUAAUUGAUUCGCUGAAAGUAUCACCUUGAAAACAAUUGAGACUGCACAACAUAUUUCUAAUAAAAAUUAACGUCGAUAA